AGGAAACCACUUUCUUAUAGUGGUAAAGAAGCUCAUUUGUUUGGACGAUGUACCGAUCGUUCAUAUAGUUUAGGCGCGCUACUCUGCAUCGUGGUGAGAUCAGGAGUCGAUGUCUCGUAUCAAGGCCAAAAAAACAAGGAAGUUGCGUGGCCACGUAAGUCAUGGCCAUGGACGAGUAGGUAAACAUCGCAAGCAUCCGGGAGGACGGGGAAAUGCAGGUCUUGAACAUCACCAUCGUAUUAACAUGGACAAGUACCAUCCAGGCUACAUUGGUAAAGUUGGUAUGCGCCAUUAUCAUCUUAAAAGAAACCCCUACUACUGUCCAACAAUUAACCUGGAUAAAAUAUGGUCUUUAGUUUCGCAAGCGACUUACGAAAAGUAUAGAGACUCCACUGAUGGUAAAGCUCCUGUAAUAGAUUGUUUGCGCAAGGGUUAUUUCAAAGUCCUAGGCAAGGGAUAUCUUCCGAAGGUCCCAGUUAUUGUCAAAGCCCGGUUCUUCUCUCGGAAAGCAGAAGAAAAAAUCAAAGCAGUUGGGGGGGCUUGUAUAUUAACUGCAUAAAUAUAAUUUAGCAUUGG